CAUCGAGCAACACCACUGCAGUGCAAAUAAGCUGGCCAGAAGAAGGCCAGAACAAAAUUAGAUGCAAGGGUCAAGCAAAGACGCCAAGUAACAGAACGAACAAAAUUAGAUGCAAAGGUCAAGCACAGAUGCCAAGUAACAGAACUAGGUUUGACAACACAGAAGCAUAGCUGGCACCAUACUGAAGCUAAGCUAUAAAAGGAAGCAAAGUUCUUUAUGGAAAACCCAGAACAUCAGUCUUGAACGGGGAGCAGCUCAAAGUAAAAAUAUUAUAGUCCACUGUUAUAUACACACACAUCUUUCACAUUUUAGAAAAUAGAGAAAUAAAAGUACCAGAGACAGGUAAUAGGGUUAAGCUAUAACACUAGUCACAGCCUAUGGACAAAAGUGGUGUGGGUUCUGGAAGAAAGCAGAUGUUUUUCUAACCCUGUCAAGUCCCAGUGUCUGUCCUGAGAAAACAUAUACAGCCAUUGGUUAUUGAGGUUUCUUACGCCUCUAUAUUUCUUUUUUUUUCUUUGUGUGAAUUGGAGUGGGGAUAUUUUUAAUAUCUUCAUGUGAUCGGCCAGUGCGCUGCCCUCCUCUUCCUUCCUGUGCCUUAGGGGACUUGGAGACAUUCAUAAACAGCAGUAUACUUCCUUACUGCUCUUCAGCCUUCUGCCGGCGCGUGGAUACACUUCUAUAAACCUGCAUUCUUUGUACGUCUCCGCAUUCCAGGCUUUAUUUGCAAAAAAGGAAAACAUUUUCAGUGACGAAAAGUGCCAGGCUGGGUUCAGGAUGUGUCAGAGAGUAGCAGAUCUGAGGCUUUCAGACUUCGCUCAAAUAUAUCAAGUCAUAAAGAACAUGAGACUGACAUGAGACUGGACGGGCUGUGGCUAAGCUGUAGGACUUCCGGCGAUCACCGAUUUCAUAUGCAUUGUUUAGUAUCAUGAUGGCUUGCAGGGUCGACAGACUGCAAAAUGGACUAAUCAUGUUCUGACUAAAAAAUGCAAACCCCUGAAUCAUUCAGAGAACAAUAGAUGUGAAAGACAUUCUGGAGCACUGACCGCUUACUAAGCACGUCUGGCCAAUAAAUGCCUUCUCUAUGGACCUCUCAGCAACCGAGGCCGAUAUGGUUUAUCAAAAGGUUCAAGCGAUUCUUCGAGGUCUUGACAUUCAACACCCAACACAGCAGUCUGACCCAGGAAUGCUGAGAUGGACUCUGCACAAGAGCUUGGACCGGAACCCGAACAGUGGAAAUAUUAUGGUUGGAGUUCUUAUUAAAGAGCUGGAGAAGGCAGAAGAAGAAGACAACCUGCACUAUAUCAUCCCUUUACUGCACACUCUUAUGUUUGCCAUCACAAAGACUGCAUAUAUUUCCGAUGAACUGUAUGAACGUGUUUACGUCUUCUGCAAAAAGAUACUCACUCUUCCCAAACCAUAUUGCACGAUUGGUCUGGACUACGCACAAAGACUAAAGACAGAGAAGAAAGUUCCAGGUUUUUCAUAUCAAAAGAUGGUGGUUUUGGAGCAAAACCUCAAGAGGAAUGUCAAUAACCACCAAGACAGGGUGCUACUGUUUUUGGAUCCAGCAUUGGUCUCUGAGGCUGUAUGUAAUACACUUCUCCGAGAGACUCAAGCCAGUCAGAUGUCUCACUCGCCUGUUUCAUGUAUGACAUAUGUCAUUUCCAACUGUAUUCAGGCUGCACAUGGCAAAGACUGUGACAUAGCAUUGCUACAACAGAUGCUGAAGGAUAAAUCCACUGAAGAAGUGGAACUUUGGUUUCAAGAAGUUCUCUUGGUAGUGGAGCGCAGCGAGCAGGAAAAUGCAUCCACCAGGCAGAAGCACAGCGAACGGUUGUGGGAAAUCUAUAAGAAACUCAUCUCAUCUCAAGAAGAAUCAGCGAUGUUAAAGCUUCAGAGAAUCCCACUGCCAAGCCCAAAAUUCAGUGUUCAUCUGUGGACUGACGAUGAUCAACUAUGGAAAGAACUGAUGCUGUUCAUGAGGGAGUCUCUCACCACAGAAGCAGAGACAGAAUAUGUCAAGGAGCCAGAACUUUCCUUGGACCCAGAAGGCAAUGAGCAACACCGCAUUUCUGUGUGGUCUAAUGACAGUGGGAUAGAGAGAGAUUUGCCUGGGACAGAAGAGAAAGAAUCAGCCAAGUUAUAUAGGAAGCCUUGCAUUAAAAAGAAAGCUGCAGAUGUAGACUCUGCCGUUCUUCUUCAAAACCUCACCAAGGCACCCAAGGGAAGCAGGGCAGCGACACUACAGCGGCUCUCAGGGCACAGUACAGAGGUCCCAACUGGACCAGAUAAGCUGCCCACUGCUCGAGUGGUGAUCUUAGGAGACGACAGGGCUCUGGGGAGACUGGCUAAGGCAUAUUACUCUUUCAGGAAGAGAGAAGCCAGGAGGCCUCAUCGGACCCUGAAAGCCAAUCUUCAAUUUUACUGUAUUCCUAUACAAGGGGAAAGAGAAGAAACCUUAGCUGAAAUGGAAGAGUCGCCCACCAUGAGCGAUAUGUGUGAGCUUAGCACAUACCUGGGUCAGGUGGAUCCAUGGUACGACAAAAACAUUAACACUCUCUAUGACAGAAUUACCAAGCUUGCACUUAUGCCACCAUGUCCAUCCAGGGACUCCACUUCUGACCCUUUUAUCUUGGAUGUGGCCUCCUACUACCUGCGAUUUGGAUUACAACCCGUGUUCUUUCAAAUUUACUCAGUCAAGAUCCACUUCAGGGAUUUAACUCUAGAGCCAGUGGAGGACGUGUUCUUAAGCGAGCUUAAAGUUGACCCGCAAGACUGUACAUUUACUAAGUUGAACACGUUAACCAAAAAGAAGGCUGCCGGGGAUGCUCGAGGUGCAGGAAUCCAGGUCCAUUAUCAAAAGGCUUUAGCCAGUAAUAGGGAGAGAGAGGAGUGCUUGGUGAUGAAAACAUCGGGGGCAAUUAUAAAAACAAUACCAAGUAACGAAACAGAUGAUCUCGUGUGUCUGAAUGUCUACAUUGAUGAAACAGGAAAAUCCUCAUCAUUUGGGCGCUCUGCAUUGUGCAAACUUAAUGGAUUAAAAGCAUCUACCAUCCAAAUAAGGAGCCUGGAUCUCAGGACACUGAGUCUACAGCUGGACAAAGACAGCCGAAGGGUGUACACUAAUGUGUCCAGCUUUGAAGUUUCCCCCUGCCAGGAGCCUGGAUACAGCCUACAGAAAAUGCGGGCAUCACGUGCCCAUGGGGAGGGUAAAGAAGACUGUGGAAUUAGUAGAUACAUGACAAAAUCACUCCUUCUCCCCAUCAACACAUUUGCAGGGAUCAUUCAGUGACGGCUUGGACUUUUGGCCCUGUAUGAACUACCCCAUUGCACCAUUGAGACUAGUGGUUUCCAAUCUUCAGAUGUUGCAAAACUACAACUCCCGGCAACGGCUGUCCAGGCAGGCUGUGAGUUGUAGUUUCGCAACAUUUACAGGGCGAAAGUAUGGAGAGCACUGGUCCAAAUGAUGAAGAAUUCACAGUGAGCCACACACUAAUGUUUUAUGGAGUGGUGGUUUGAAGAUCGUAACUAUAGCAAAUGUUUACACUGGAAAGCAAUUUACAUAAAUUAUCAAUAUAUCUUCGCUUGACAACUUGUAAAAGGGGGGGACUACAAGCUCCAACAUCAACUCCCACAACUGGAAGAACCAUGUGUUAGCUAUAACUGCUGGAUACAGACCCUGAAUAAUUUUCUUCUUGGGAUGAUCAUUAGGAUUUCUGCUGUUUAUAAAGGGAUAAAAGAAAUAUAUUUAU